GUUUAGCAAGGGGAGCAGCCUAGGUUUUAAUUCUCAGUAUUUUACACUAAAAAUUGGGAAUAUACUAAUCACGUCCCGGCACCAAUUAUCUCGCGUUCCAGUGAUUUCUUCUCAACUUCUUCAUCACCAAAUUCGGAAGACGGUGUAGAUAUGACGAGUUUGAUUUCUCAAAAUGCUAUACCCAAAGAAGUAAAAAGGAAUGCAAAUAAGGAUGGGACUACACUUGUGGGGGAUGGAAACAAAGAUGUUGAGGAUGGACAGGAGCUUGAUUUGGAUGCUAUAAAGAAUCGAAAAAGAAGGAGAGAACGAAAGAAAAAGGAUGAAGAAUCAGAGAUUGAGCAGGAGAGGGAAAUGAAGAAGCUAGAGAACUUUUUGUUUGGCUCUUUGUACUCUCCCAUUGAGUUUGGGAAGCACAAUGAAGAAAUGAGAGAUGAGGUUGACAAUAGUUCUGCGUUGUACUUCACGGACAGGUCAGCAAAUAGUAUGUUGUCAGUUUAUGAAGAGGAUGCGGGAUUGGCAGAAGAAACAAGUGACGAAGAGGAAACUAAGCAAAGGAAACCUGUAUGGGUAGAUGAAGAAGAGGAGAAAGCCAGCAUAAAUAUAGCUAAAGUGAACAAAUUGAGGAAACUGAGGAAGGAAGAGGAUGAGUGUGUAAUUUCUGGUUCUUCAUAUGUGUCAAGAUUGAGAGCUCAGCAUGCUAAGCUGAACCCUGGCACUGAUUGGGCACAACCUGAUGUACGGGUGAGAGAUUACAGCUCUGACGAUGAGGAUGUCGAUAACGAAAGUGGGGCAGUGGUGGCCAGUGGUUAUGAGGAUGCUGAAGGUGUUGAUGAUAUCCUUAAAAGGAAUGAAGAUCUUGUUGUGAAGAAUAGUGCAAAAUUGUUACCAGGGCGUCUAGAGUAUUCAAGGCUGGUGGAUGCCAAUAUGAUGGAACGUUCAAAUGGUCCCGUAAAAUCAGUGCAGUUUCACAAAAAUGCUCAGUUGCUCCUUGCUGCUGGAUUAGAUAAGACAAUAAGAUUUUUUCAAAUUGAUGGAAAAAAGAAUGCUAAAAUACAAAGCAUCUUUCUUGAUGGUUAUCCAAUUUAUAAGGCUUCUUUCUUACCCGAUGGGUCUCAGGUUAUUAUAUCGGGAAGAAGAAAGUUUGCUUAUAGCUUUGAUUUAGUCACAACAGAAAAAAGUGUGAUAGGCCCUCUAAUUGGUAGGGAGGAGAAGAGCUUGGAAAGCUUUGAAGUUUCUCCUGAUUCUAGUACAAUUGCUUUUCUCGGCAAUGAAGGUUAUAUUUUAUUAGUUUCAACGAAAACUAAAGAACUCAUUGGGACCUUGAAAAUGAAUGGGACUGUUCGUUCAGUAGCUUUUACCAAUGAUGGACAGCAAUUGCUGAGCUCUGGUGGAGAUGGGCAUAUUUACCACUGGGACCUGAGAACAAGGGUAUUGAUUCGCGAUCCACUUGAUGAAAAUGUUAUUCCUGUUGUUGAGGAACUUCAAAGAAGAUUACCUUUGGCAAUUGGCCGAGGCGAAGGAGAAGAUUAUGAGCUGCCUGAAGCACAAACCGAAGAUGACUCUGAUGAAGAAACUGAGUUCCCGUUUGAAUUUAAAGCUCUGGAAGUAGCAUUAGAAGGCAUAUCUAGUUUUCUUGACUCACAAACUCGAGAAUUGGAGACUGCUGCUUAUCCCGCUUUAGAUGAGUUAACGGCUAAGAAUAUUAGAACUAAGACUGAAGUUUCAUUGCAACAAAUAUUGCAAAAUUUGCAAGCUUAA